AUGACGAAGCUUGCGAAAGAUGCCAUCAAAAGCUGCUUAAGUUGCCAAAUAACCUUUGACCGAACGCAUGAUGAACUUCUACGACCAACACCACUACCACCUCAUGUUUGGCAUACGAUAUCCAUUGAUUUUAAGGGUCCGUUGAAAGAUAGAAAAUACAUUCUAGUGGCAUACGAUCUUUACAGCCGAUAUCCGAUCGGUCACCAAUUUUACGAAUAUGCAGAGAAGAAAGGUUUUUAUCAUCGAAGAAUCACACCGAGACAUCCACAAGCGAACGGUGAAUGUGAACGAUUCAUGCAAAAUCUCAACAAAGCCAUUCGUAUUGCUAAGAAAGAGAACACUGACUACAAAGGGAAGAUAAACGGAAUGUUGGAAGCCUAUAGAGCCACACCUCAUCUUUCCACGUCAAAAAGCCCGUAUGAGCUGAUGUUUGGAAGAAAGAUGAACUUGAACAUUUUCCCGACGAUGAAGAGAAGAGUGAAAGAUGAAGUUAUAAGAAAUCGUGAUAAACGACACAAAGAGAAAGCGAAGAUAUAUUAUGACAGAAAAAAGAACGUCAAGAAAUCACACAUUAGAGUGGGUGAUCGAGUAUUGAUGAAAGACAAAAGAACUGAUCGAUUAAGACCCGAAGUAGGGGUUGUGAUUGAAUUAACUGAAUAUUCUGCUACCGUGUUGUUUGGAAAUGGAAGAAUAUAUAAGAGAGACAAAUCACAUAUUAAAGUCGUUAACAAAGCUGUAAUUCCACCCACGAAGAAAAGUGACAGUGUUAAGCAACCGAAACGAUACGAGUUAUAUGAUUCCAAUGAAAGUGAUGUAGAAGAGACAAACCGUGAACAAAUUACCUUAAGUACGAGAUCCGGUCGACAAAUUAAGAAACCAGAACGAUUUGGAGAGUGGACUGUGUAG